CGGCUCCCAAGUAGGAAGUGUGCGUGCAGAAAGGCCGCAAGUGUUAGAAUGUUGAGCAGGCCUCGGGCUCCUGGAAAAAGACCGGCAGAGAUGCGAGGCAGAGGGGAGUCCCUGAAGUUAUAGAAGGGCGAGCCAGGGAGAGGUCAAAAACGAGAACAUGCCGGCCGAGUUGAGUCUUUGGUUGGAAGUGACUGGAAAAGGAAGCGCCGCAGCAAAUGGGACCAACCCGCUCCAGCCCCACUUCUCUUCCUCGCGCCAGCGGCCCCAGGUGGGGAAAUUGCCAGCGGCGGGCCAAGCCCUGGGGGCGCCUCAGCUGCUCCCUCGGGAGCCUUGGAUGCCGCUGCUGCUGUGGCUGCCAAGAUCAAUGCUAUGCUCAUGGCCAAAGGGAAGCUGAAACCAACUCAGAAUACUGCCGAGAAGCUUCAGGCCCCUGGAAAAGGUGUAACUAGCAAUAAAAGCAAGGAUGACCUGGUGGUGGCUGAAGUGGAAAUUAAUGACGUGCCUCUUACGUGUAGGAACUUGCUGACUCGAGGACAGACUCAAGACGAGAUCAGCAGACUUAGUGGAGCUGCGGUGUCAACACGAGGAAGGUUCAUGACAACAGAGGAGAAGGCUAAAGUGGGACCAGGGGAUCGUCCAUUGUAUCUUCAUGUUCAGGGCCAGACACGAGAAUUAGUGGACAGAGCUGUAAACCGAAUCAAAGAAAUAAUCACCAAUGGAGUGGUGAAGGCUGCCACAGGGACAAGUCCAACUUUUAAUGGUGCAACAGUCACUGUCUAUCACCAGCCAGCACCCAUUGCUCAGUUGUCUCCUGCUAUUAAUCAGAAGCCUUCCUUCCAGUCAGGGAUGCAUUAUGUUCAAGAUAAAUUAUUUGUGGGUCUAGAACAUGCUGUACCCACUUUUAAUGUUAAGGAGAAAGUGGAAGGUCCAGGCUGCUCCUAUUUGCAACACAUUCAAAUUGAAACAGGUGCCAAAGUCUUCCUACGGGGCAAAGGUUCAGGCUGCAUUGAGCCAGCCUCAGGCCGAGAAGCUUUUGAACCCAUGUAUAUUUACAUCAGUCAUCCCAAACCAGAAGGCCUAGCUGCUGCCAAGAAGCUCUGUGAGAAUCUCUUACAAACAGUUCAUGCUGAAUACUCUAGAUUUGUGAAUCAAAUUAAUACUGCUGUACCUUUACCAGGCUAUACACAACCCUCUGCUAUAAGUAGUAUCCCUCCUCAGCCACCAUAUUAUCCAUCCAAUGGCUAUCAGUCUGGUUACCCUGUUGUUCCCCCUCCUCAGCAGCCAGUUCAACCCCCCUACGGAGUACCAAGUAUAGUGCCACCAGCUGUUUCAUUGGCACCUGGAGUCUUGCCAGCAUUACCUACUGGAGUCCCACCUGUGCCAACACAAUAUCCGAUAACACAAGUACAGCCUGCAGCUAGCACUGGACAGAGUCCAAUGAGUGCUCCUUUUAUUCCUGCUGCUCCUGUCAAAACUGCCUUGCCUGCUGGCCCUCAGCCCCAGCCUCAGCCCCCACUCCCAACUCAGCCCCAGGCCCAGAAGAGGCGAUUCACAGAGGAGCUGCCAGAUGAACGGGAAUCUGGACUUCUUGGAUACCAGCAUGGACCCAUUCAUAUGACUAAUUUAGGUACAGGCUUCUCCAGUCAGAAUGAGAUAGAAGGUGCGGGAUCGAAGCCGGCAAGUUCCUCAGGCAAAGAGCGAGAGAGGGACAGGCAGUUGAUGCCUCCACCAGCCUUCCCAGUGACUGGAAUAAAAACAGAGUCUGAUGAAAGGAAUGGAUCUGGGGCCUUAACAGGAAGCCAUGAUUAUCCAGCCAAGAAGAUGAAAACUACAGAGAAGGGAUUUGGUUUAGUAGCUUACGCUGCAGAUUCAUCUGAUGAAGAGGAGGAACAUGGAGGCCAUAAAAAUGCAAGUAGCUUUCCACAGGGCUGGAGUUUGGGAUAUCAGUACCCUUCAUCACAACCUCGAGCUAAACAGCAGAUGCCAUUUUGGAUGGCCCCAUAGGAAACAGCGGAACAGAGUUCGACCCUCGGUGACUCUUCUUAGCAAUAAUGCAUGCAUUUGAUUUAACAAGACUGUGGGGCCUGUUCUGGGGGCCAUCUUGAACCUUUGAAGAAGUUAGAGAUGCAGUGUCCCCUGUCUUAAAGGGAUGCCAUUCUUUUUAAAAUUUUAUUUCUGCAGUGGCUUAACAUCUGUUCGAUUUUACUUAGAAUCACAAAUCUGUCUCAAGCUUUUUAGGUAAAAUGUACUUGCCUAGAGAAGCAUCAGGGCAGAGUCAUUGCCCAUGUGUUUGACCUUGUCUAGCCUUUUCCAACUGAAAGGCCUCAACUCUGAUGUAAAGAAAGUUUUAUUUGUAUUUUACUAUUGUUGGGUCAAUUUUGAUAAUAACCGGUUACAAACAGAGCCUUACUAUUUAUUAGUGGGGAAAUGAUUUUAAGAUCAUCCUUUCCUUCAGUACUUAACAGUUCUAAGAGCCUCAUCCCUUUUUCAGUUUGGAUUCUUUCUGUUUUGGAAAAUGCUGUUUACUAUUAAAAUUGUCAGAUACAACUGGAUCCUGAAUAGGAAAACGAAGUUAUUUUUGCAUUGUGUCUUCACUCGAUGAUCCAAGACUGGCACCUUCAGGCACAUUGUUUCAGAUAGCCAUUGCUGUUUUUACUGCCAUUCUAAGCUCCUUGUCUUCAGCUGGGUCCAAGAAAACUUGACUAAAAAGCUGGUCAGAACUCCUCACAGAAAUGAAACACAGUGAUCUCUCUCUCAGAACUGGUUGCAGCAAAAAUAGAGAGAUUUGAUGACACUCACUAGGGUGGUGGACUUAGUGACUGAAAUUGCAGCUUCUCCUUUUUUCUUGGCAUUACAGGUUUUGCCAAAAGAACUUUUUUUGUAUCAAAUAUUGAUGUGUGAAAGUGAAGGAGCUAGUCUGCUGAACCAGGAGUAGUUUGGGAUACUGAACUGUCAUUUUUGCACAUUUGAAUACUUUGCAGGCUGGCUUUGUACAAACUUACCCUCUGGUUUCCUGUAUGUUGUAAAUAAUUAGAACAUAAUUUCAUUAUAAAUAAAUGUAUAAACAUUGUU